UCACCAUUUCCCUUUGUAUGCAUUUUUAAGCCAGCGAGUGUGUUAGAGAAAUAGGGAGAGAGAGAGAAAGAGAGAGAGAGAGAGAGAGAGGGAGAGAAAGAGAGAGAAAGAGAGAGAAGAGAGAGAAGAAAAAUGGAGAGAGCAGCAACAACAACGAUGUCAGUAAUGGAGGCAUUUGAGAAACUAGAGAAAGUAGGAGAGGGAACAUACGGGAAGGUAUACAGAGCGAGAGAGAGGGAAACAGGGAAGAUCGUCGCUCUCAAAAAGACUCGUCUCCACGAAGACGAUGAAGGUGUCCCUCCCACUACUCUCCGCGAGAUCUCUAUCUUGCGUAUGCUUUCUAGGGAUCCUCACGUCGUCAGAUUGAUGGAUGUCAAACAAGGCCAGAAUAAAGAAGGGAAGACAGUACUGUACCUGGUUUUUGAGUACAUGGACACUGAUCUCAAGAAAUUUAUCCGCAGUUUCCGCCAAACUGGUGAAAAUAUUCCUGUCAAAUCUGUCAAGAGCUUGAUGUACCAACUAUGCAAGGGGGUUGCUUUUUGCCACGGCCAUGGAAUCUUACACAGGGACCUUAAGCCUCACAACCUCUUGAUGGACAGAAAGACAAUGAUGCUUAAGAUUGCAGAUCUUGGAUUGGCUCGGGCAUUUACUCUUCCUAUCAAAAAGUAUACUCACGAGAUAUUGACCUUGUGGUACCGAGCUCCUGAAGUCCUUUUGGGAUCUACCCAUUACUCAACUGCAGUUGACAUGUGGUCUGUUGGCUGCAUAUUUGCUGAGCUGGUCACAAAGCAAGCACUGUUUCCUGGAGAUUCUGAACUGCAGCAGCUUCUGCAUAUUUUCAGGUUGUUAGGUACUCCAAAUGAGAAGUUGUGGCCAGGAGUAAGCAAACUAGUCAACUGGCAUGAGUAUCCUCAGUGGAGUCCUCAGAGUUUGUCCUCUGCUGUCCCUAAUUUGGAUAAAGAUGGAUUGGAUCUACUGGCUCAAAUGUUGCAGUACGAACCCUCAAAGCGCAUCUCAGCAAAGAAAGCUAUGGAGCAUCCUUACUUUGAUGAUCUGAACAAGGCAAUUCUUUGAAGAAGCACAGUUAUGGUAGCAAUGCCAAGUGUUGGCAGUCUUGUUUCAGGACCAGCGAUGGAAAUUCUGUUUUGAAAAAUAUGUCUGCUUCCCUCGAGCAUAGUUCAGUGAUGUUAUGUAGAUUAGGAUGGUUGGUUACUUUGCAAUUUAAGCUCGAUGACAUCAUUCUGUUCUGUAAUUCCAUUCCUUAUCUUACUCUUUGCCAAAUAUGGUUGGAUGCCAAAUGUGGGCGUUUUUCUUAUGGCUCAGAACCGGAAAUGGAAAGGCAAAUUCUGUAAUGAAACUAAUAUUUUAGCAACGUUAUGUUUCGUAUUAGGAUAGAUGGUUCACUUCACAAUUUAAGUUCAGUGGCAUUACGGUGUGCUAAUUCCACUUUGUA